AUGAGCACACAUGGCUCCGCGGCACUUGCGGAAUGGACGCAACAGAAUGCACAUCCACAUCGUCACGCCUGUCUUGCUUGUGCCCAGGCCAAACAACGCUGCGAUGGUACUGGACUUGCAGACUGCAGUAAUUGUGCCGCCCGUGGUCGUGUCUGCACAUACCGAGACCCUGCGCCAGGAGAAUCUGAGGCACACAGCUUCAACAAUGACGGCCCGCUGGAUGAGUUUGUUGAUCUGAACCCUCUUGACAACGGUGCCAGGUCUGCGACCCUGAUCCCACAGAGUGAUGGUGAUGCUGUGGACUCCCAUGGUCUACUUUCGGGCGACUCGUUACAGAAUCCCGCCAUGGAGAACAUGAAUCUGCCGACUCAGCAGACGACGGCAGCCUUUCCAACGCCAAUUCAUGUCGAGACUCCAGCCAACGACUUUCUGUCGCCUUCGUUCGCGUUUCCAUUUUCUCCCAUCCCGCAAUUAGGUCCGGAUGAUGUGUGGGAUUUCUUCGUAGGCGGCAGCUCUCUGACUGCCUUGCCAACCUCGAUGCAACAGCACAACACUUACAUCGCAUCUCCACCUCCUUCUCUAGACGUGAGAAGCGUGCUGGAACAAGAAAGCCUCACGACCGAGGAAGACGACAUCUUGACUGCCGAAUACAUACCGCACGUUCCACAAGUCGGACCCGAGACCCACGCGCGCAUUCUGCGUUUCGUCAGGAACGAUCUUCCUUCGAGUGAAGCUGAUGCGUUGGCGAGUACAUUCCCAUCUCUGCAGCACUUGGAUGCCUACAUUCAGCUGUACUUUGAGCACUAUCAUCCUCGUAUGCCACUGCUGCACUUGCCCACAUUUCGGCCUUGUCCAGAGGCGUGGCAGCUUGUUCUAGCUGUUGCCUGCAUCGGUUGUCAGUAUUCUUCAGCUGGCGAAAAGUCAAGACACGUGGGUCUGUUACAUCGCCUUGCGCGUCACAUGCUCUCAAGAGAGGUAGGAUUGAUCGUUAGCGGCGACCCACUGAUGGGCAUGCAGUCACUUCUACUCUUCCAACAUGAGCUCUGGUUCGCUGGAGACAACGCAGCAAUUGUGCACUUGCAGCUAUACAGGAAUGUGCUUGCCACGCUUUGCAGGCAACUGCUCUCGCAAGAGGGCACCAUACUGCGCAGCCAGCAAUCGGCCGAUGAUACAAGUGAUCCUUGGCUGCAAUGGAUUCAGAGCGAGUCGAAACGUCGUGUGCUCUACUUUGCUUGGAUAACGGAGUGCUUGCAAUCAGUCUUCUUCAUGCUACCCACGCUGCUUUCUAUGCACGAAUUACACCUGCCAUUGCCCAGCCACGAGUCUCAUUGGCAAGCGAACCAAUCGCAAUGGCAAUCACUUCCUCCCGCACAGAGUCCGCGAUCAUUGUGUGCGGUACUCGCUCAAAUCGGAAUCGAAGGCACGCUGCAGGAAGACGUCGGUCCUUCGGCGCAGCUGGCAUUGUUGCUUUCCACCUCCGUUCAGCUAAAUCAAACGCAGAACCUCGAGCGAGCGAUGGGCAUAGGAAUCGGUCAGAUAUCCGCCGACAGCACCACGCCUGCUGCCGGAAGUAUGGCAGAUAUUCAACGAAGAGCUUUCAACACAAUGUCGCAACUGGAUUUUGCUGAGCCUUUGAACCCCGCAAAAGCAGCCACGAUCUCAAGCGAUUACAGUAUAAUGGUCAGGAUCAUCCGGAUCCUGGAUUUCACACCUCUCAGGACUUUGUGUCGGGCCACCAGAUGGCAAACGACAGAGUACGGUGCCAGUGAAGCUCGCAGGCAACUUUGUGAUACGUUCAGAGAAAAUGGCAAACGAGCAAACGAUUGUGUUUUCGAGGCCUCGCAAUUGUUUCAGUACUUCCGGACCAUCAAAGCUCUCAGCCACAUCGACACAAUGUGUCUGUUGAUAUGCGUACUGUACAUCUACGUGUAUAUUGAGCUUGGGCUGCGCUCUUCGUCGUCAACAAUACCACAGCAAGAUGGAGCGAGGCCCAGCAGAAUCAUCAGGCUCGAUCAGCCGGAUCCUGAUGAUGAGAGAGAGGACUGGCUCAGUGGACGGCACGACUGCCAACCACACCUCGCCGGCAUUGGUCUGCUUGAUGCAGAGCGGAGCUCGGCACGGCUGUUCAAGGAAGCAUCGCGUAUCAUGGCAAACAGUGCUACAACAUCCCGGCUCGCCAUGGCAUUAUCUUCCAUAAUGAAUACACAUGCGGUAGGCGGGAUCCCGAAGUUCCAGGAAGAUCAGUAA